GCUUGGAGUGGGAACACUCUAGGAAGUCGGCUUAGCCCUCAAGGCCGUGGGGUCUUAACCAAUUUCUCACUGAGAGAUUUCCCAGUCAUCCUGGAAGCCCGGUGGCCAGUCUCGACUGUCGGUGGCGCCUGGGCUCCCUCUGAUCAAGUAGCAGUUGCUACACCUAGGAGUUUUCCUGGUCCCGCUGCUCUGCGAGGCAGCCGAGUCCAGUGCGCCAAGAGCUGCUCGGCCCUAGGAAACAACAGUACUUUCCCAGCCCCAGAACGGGGCGCAGGGGGACCCUCAACCUCGUAUGGAACCCAAACCGCUUCCCUCCAGCGCCACAUUGAGUCCGUUUCCUGCAGAAUAAGUGCCACCAUCGGAUCCUUCCUUCCCCGCCCUCCUUAGAGGACUAGGUCGCCCCUCAGUCUGAGGACGCGCUGCGUCGCCUUCCAGAUCUCGGUCCGGUUCCCCAGGACUCAGCCUUGACCGAGGCCGGCUUCAAGUCCGCCACUAUCCCAGGAUUCCCAACUCCGGGUUUCCUGCCCUUCUCCCCUCCCAGGUCCCGGCGCCUGCCGGAGCCGCAAGAUGGCGGACGGGGAGUACUUCGCGGAAGCCGCGCGGGCUGUGGGGUGUCCCCAUGCACCUGUUCCUGGCUUGGGCCUGGGCCCGCCGCUGGGCUGGAAAGAACGGCUGAAGGCCGGGCUGGCGAACUCUGGGUCCACGCUGUGGUUCCUGGCGGGGCUGGGGCUGCUUUACGCUUUGAGGGUCCCGCUGAGGCUGUGUGACAACGUGACAGCGGUGACAGGGUUUUUAAGUUCGUUGACACCCAAGUUCUAUGUGGCACUUACAGGGACAUCUUCUUUGAUAUCUGGACUAAUAUUUAUAUUUGAAUGGUGGUACUUCCAUAAGCAUGGCACAUCUUUUAUUGAGCAAGUGUCUAUAAGCCAUUUGCGACCACUGAUGGGAGGAACAGAGAGUAGCAUUUCGGAGCCGGGUUCUCCUGCCAGCAACAGAGAAAGUGAAACCCUGAGACACCACCAUCUAUCAGAAUGCAAGGUCUGGAGAAACCCUUUAAACCUCUUUAGAGGAGCAGAAUACAGGAGAUACACUUGGGUGACUGGUAAAGAGCCACUUACUUACUAUGACAUGAACUUGUCUGCCCAGGAUCACCAGACCUUUUUCACCUGUGAGACAGACUUUUUACGUCCUUCAGACACAGUUAUGCAGAAGGCAUGGAGGGAAAGAAAUCCCCCAGCUCGGAUCAAAGCGGCCUAUCAAGCGCUAGAGUUAAACAGUCACUGUGCCACUGCCUACGUUCUGCUGGCCGAAGAAGAAGCAACAACAAUCGUAGAUGCGGAAAGGUUGUUUAAACAGGCCCUCAGGGCGGGGGAGAUCAUUUAUAGAAGGUCACAGCAGUGCCAGCACCAGAGUCCUCAGCAUGAAGCUCAACUGAGGCGAGAUACCAAUGUACUUGUAUAUAUAAAAAGAAGAUUGGCAAUGUGUGCAAGAAAAUUGGGAAGAAUAAGAGAAGCAGUGAAAAUAAUGAGAGAUUUGAUGAAAGAAUUUCCUCCUCUUACCAUGCUGAACAUCCAUGAAAACCUCUUAGAAUCACUUCUAGAACUGCAGGCCUAUGCAGAUGUUCAGGCAGUCCUGGCAAAAUAUGAUGAUAUAAGCCUCCCAAAGUCAGCAGCCAUCUGCUACACAGCAGCACUCUUGAAAACAAGGACUGUUUCAGAUAAAUUCUCUCCAGAAACAGCCUCCAGAAGAGGGUUAAGCACAGCAGAAAUUAAUGCUGUGGAAGCAAUUCAUAGAGCUGUGGAAUUUAAUCCCCAUGUUCCAAAAUACUUACUAGAGAUGAAAAGUUUAAUUUUACCUCCGGAACACAUUCUGAAGCGAGGAGAUAGUGAAGCAAUUGCCUAUGCUUUCUUUCAUCUGCAGCACUGGAAACGGAUAGAAGGUGCUCUGAAUCUCUUGCAGUGUACAUGGGAAGGCACCUUUAGAAUGAUUCCAUACCCGUUAGAGAAAGGACAUCUAUUUUACCCUUAUCCCAGCUGCACAGAGACUGCCGACAGAGAGCUGUUGCCUCCUUUUCAUCAUGUUUCUGUUUAUCCAAAAAAGGAGCUUCCUUUCUUCAUCCACUUUACAGCAGGACUCUGUUCUUCUACAGCGAUGAUAGCGUUUCUCACACACCAGUUUCCUGAAGUCAUGGGUGUUUUUGCUAAAGCUUUGCCUCCAAAGCGACUACAGAAGUCAAUCUAGACUCACAAAGGCCUCCUUUCUGAGUCCAUCUGACUAGAGUUCUUAAGUCCAGCAAGAUACAGAAGGAAGUGUGUUCUCUUUCCAAGAUGUAACAUGGAAUAUUUUCAUCUUUAUACCUCACUGCCUAAGUUCAUAGUUCUAUAAAGGUAAUAUUCAGUAUAAUAUUUAUAUGAAUAGUUUAGAAAUUAACACAAAAUGAAGAGCUCCUCAAUGACACAUUUAAGAAAAGUCUUACCUCCUAGUCUCAUAGUAACUGCCAUAAAAUCUCCUACCCCAUAUGUUUUCCUCUUUUAUAUUAUCUCAUUCCUCAUAGGGACAGGCCCUUUGAACUCUGUGAAGCUACUCCCCGCUCUCAGCACUGGAACAAAGAUAAGGAACAUGGUUAUUUAGUCUUUUCUUGAACUUUUAUCUUCUGGAUGGCAUUAAGAGAAACCAUAUCUCUGUUUCAGCCUCAAAUUCCAUAUUGAAUUUUUUAAAACUGCUUUUUGAGCAAUAACUUUUCCCUUGUUGCUUAACCAGUCAUGCAAGUUGAGGCUUCUGUCUGUAGGCCUAUUUUAUAAAAGCUGCCCUGGGAGAACAGAUGAAAAAUAAGACAGUUAGAUAUUUUAUGAGUCUUGAGAUCCCCUCCACUCAGAAAUGUCAAUAAAAUGACCAGCACGAGCAGUCAGCUUAUGUCAGAUCCCAUGGGCUUACCUCACCUGGAGAAAUGAUAGUACAACCUGAAAUGUGCUGCUUAAUGAACCCAGAGCGGCGUCACAAGUGAGCGCAGAACCCUGAGCUUCCCUUUGUGGAGGGUUUCAGAGAUCCCCUUAGUAAGCUGCCCAGGAGAGGAGGGAUGAGAAACUGAGAUGACACUAACCAACGCUGUCGCUGUCAAGUCGCUGCCUCCCUUCCAGACCCUCCCAGCCAGCUGAGUGAAGCAGAAACCUAAGAUACUGCUCACCUUUGGGCUUAUUCAAGGGGCAGUAAAGUCCGUGUACUCAGUACCACACUGUGUUGAUGCGGUUUUUCAAAGUGGCAUCAGGAAACUGGAUAGAGGAGCAGGAUUGCCCUUGUGCUGUUUGACCUUGUAAGUUAGGGAAAUUCUGUCAAGUAUGACAGAAACCUGAUAAAAGCUGUUUUUACCUGCAGCAAAUCUAACCAACUGUCUUCUCGUUUAUCAGUCGACUUGUUUUGUGGUCUCUAAAGUUCUUCGGAAGUUUCCCUCUGUCCACUGUGUCCUCAGAUGUGAUAGAUCUGUGGCCACAAAGAUGCAGUAUACCAAAUGGAAUAUGAGAGUCAGUGAAGCUCUGAAUAUUUACUAUCAUUUAAUUAACCGAGAAUUUCAAAUGAUCAGAAUCUGUAGUUAACUAUGUCUAACUCUUUGGUGGAUUUCACAAACACCCAUUUCUUUGAUUCCUUGUAUGUGUAUCAGAUGAACUCAUCCCAGUGCUCUCCCGUAGACACCUUGGGAGUUCACUGACAGCUGUUGUGUCGCUCUUAUGGGACUCUGAACCGUUCAACACAGUCACCUCAUACUAAAGCUCUGGUCUCAGCAUUCUGAUUUCUCUGUAUUCCCCAAUGUAUAUAGUAUGUACUUGCUUGAAAUUCCUCAGAUAUUGCUUAUACAGUCUUGCUUGUAAGCUUCAGCAUACACCGGUUCCUUCAACACAGAAUACCUCCUCUGACUGCCUCCCGCUGUUCAUGCCUUCCUUGUACUAUUCCAGCUCUCAAGUCCCUCCCUUGGAAAACCAUCUCAUUCACAUUUCCUUUCAUCUAGAACUUGUUUCCCUGACUCUUAACUGUCGCUUUGUAACUCUGUUUCUGCAUGUUGUCUCCCAAUGAACGUGAUGCUAACAACGAUGAUCAUUCUCUAACCCCUUGCCUUUUCUAUUCUUCACAAACCUCUGAAGGCCUGUUGGUGGUGGCCUUUCCAGUGUCCUCAGGUCCUAGUGCACCUCCACUCCCUUUCCCUUCUCGGUAUAGUUGUAUCCUAGAGAAACAAGGCAUCUGUUGAGGGCUGCGCCUCCACAUCAGCAUGCGGGUCCUGUGGUUAGGAACUAUGAGCCCUUUGAUUUGCCCAUCUUUGCAUUCUUCUCAGACACCUUCAGGCUACACACGAGGACCAGGAGUAGACCCAAAGACAGACUAGGAAAGUGCCACUGAAAGUCAACUUCGAAUUCUUUUCCCUUUUACACGAGCUCUAUGAAGCUGCUGUUGUCAGCAGCUCAGCAGACAUCCUCCUGCUCUGACUCUUUUCCAGGAGUCAGGGCUAGUUUAAGAAAAACCUCUUGUAGAAGCCAUGACCUCGUACUCUUAUCCCCUCCAUCUGGUGUGCGGCCUCAUGGGGCUGUGCUGCUAUGCAGGAGGUGAGCAGUGGAAUUCUUUAGAUGAUGACUUCUGAGCCCACAUGUGGAGGCAGUUGGGGGGUGGGAAGCAGGAGAGCAGUGAGAGCCAAGAUGGAUGGACCAAAAACCAAGGUUUGCUGCAGAAGAAAUCCUGACUAUAGGUAGGUGUUCUUUCCCUAGCUCAAGCAGGGGCCCAGCUCAGAGAGCUGUAAUGUCCCAGCCCAUGAUUGAUGAACACUGUGUUUCUGCAGCUUCCUUUCUGACUCCCAGUUGGGGUAUACCAGUGGGAUACAUAGGGUAUGUGAGGGUUUCCCCUGUCUCUAACCAAGUGUCCGCCAAUGUGGACAGGGAGGGGCCGGCUGCACUGCCUUUCUCCUGUCUUCCAUUAAACUGAGGCCCUAAUUUUCAGUAAGGGCAGAGGAGGAAUGGAGAGGAGCACGUUUUUGACUAAAUGAAAUUUGCUGACUGCCUCAUCUUAGAGAUUUUUCUCUGCAUCAUAGAUACGGAGAUACCUUUGUCUUAGGUGUGUCCAGCCUGCAGCCCAUAAGCCACAUGGAUCUGCACAUAGCAAAGAAUAACUAUGAAUGCAGCCCAAUAUAAAAUUAUAACUAUAAGCUUACUUAAAACAGAAGAGGUUUUGUGAAUUGUUGAGUGAAGACUUUGUAUUGUAUUGUCAAGGUUGGACACAGCUGGUAGAUGAACUGCCUGGCUUAGCUAGUGGUCCAGGGGAUGAGGGCUUGGGUGGGAUGGCAUCCUAGGGAGUUGGUAGUGAUUCUUAAAAAGAAUAAAGUCUCAAAAGAAAUUCUAGUACAAGCCCACAGUCUAUUCAUUUCUUCUCAUGACUACUUCCACUUUGCCUAUGUAUUGAGAACUUAGAGAAAAUAAAACAAAAAUUUUAAUGUUAACCUGAGGGAUGGAGUGGGGCUACAAAGAAUGACAAGCAGAAGCUGUUGAGGUGAAGAGUCCUUUGUAGAGUGACUACUGGUUAGUGAUGGUGACAGUGACAAAGUGGGAGCAGACACGCUGGUGUAGGCUUAGCCUUUACAAGCUCUGCUCAGAUACUCCGCUGGCAGCUUAGGAUUCCUGUAUGGGUUGGGGCUGUCAACAGCAAUUUCUGUUCUGAAGUGCUGGCACUCUGGCACCCUCAGUCCCACAUCCUCAGGCUUUGAGGAGAGUACAUAGUAUUUAAAGCUUAAACAAAAACAAAAACAAAACAAAACAA